AUGGUUUAUUUCAUUCUCAUCGCAAAUAUCAUCUUCCAUGGCCCGUGUUAUUCCGAGGAAGCAAGUGAUUAUAGUUUUAUGAAAGAUGCAACAUUAGCACCAAAGUUGUCUCUCUUCGACUAUAUCAUUAUCGGAGGAGGAACCGCGGGAUGUGCACUAGCCGCAACGCUCUCUCGAAACGCUACCGUGUUAGUUCUCGAACGUGGUGGGUCCCCUUACGACAACCCGACGGCGACAGACAUCGGAAACUUCGCCAACACAGUCUCAAACACAACUCCAAACUCGUGGUCGCAGCUUUUCAUCUCCGAAGACGGCGUUUACAACUCACGCGCACGCGUGCUCGGCGGAGGCACUGUCCUAAACGCGGGAUUCUACACACGUGCGGAGGAUGAUUACGUGGCGGAAGCCGGUUGGGAGAGAGAUGAGGUCGAAGCGGCUUACGAGUGGGUCGAGAGGAAAGUGGCGUUCGAACCGCAAAUCAAGGGAUGGCAAUCGGCGUUUAGAGACGGGCUUUUGGAAGCUGGAGUGAUUCCGUACAAUGGUUUCACGUACGGACAUAUCUACGGGACGAAAAUUGGCGGUACGAUAUUUGACCGAGAUGGUCACAGACACACGGCCGCGAACUUGUUGUUGGAGUAUGCUAAUCAGAAUACGGUUAUUGUCUACUUGCAUGCUUCUGUUCAUAAGAUCCUCUUCACCACCAAAGGUAUCGAUUAGUCAUUUUCCAUAGUAAGAGCUUUAUACUUUCAAGAAGAAAGUGGCAUGACUCGUGAGGAUUAAAAAGGGAGAAAGAGAUUUGACCUACACGUAAACCCUUUUCUUUUUCUCACAACUUGAGUGUAAUUUAAGAGAAAUAUCAAGAUAAACACUUUUAUACACUUGCUUGAUAUCUAAU